UUGACAAUGGAAGAUUUUAACGAUGGUGUGGAUGGUAAAUUGGCUUCUAGAAUGCGAAAAGUCAAUCCAGAACAAUUUCACACUCUCGUCAAAAUGCAUUUAUCUUUCGAAUUGGACCUCAAUACUGAAGAGUAAGUUGGUAAUCAAUGUUAUUAAAAUUUGAAUUUAAAAAAAUGGGGUCUUUUGAGCUUUUCAAAGAAACCUAAGUCAACAAUUAAUUUACAAAAAGGUGUGGAAGGUGCUAAUUUAUCUGAAAAUGGAAUAAAUCAAGUGAAGCAGUUAAUAGAAUACUUAUCUAAGGAACAAAAUAUUAUACAAGAAGGUAUAUUUCGACGUACUGGUAAACUUACAAGACAACAAGAUUUGAAGACAGCAAUGUAUCAGGGCAUUUCACUAGACCUCAAUGAUGGUCGAUAUAGUGUACAUGAUUGUGCAUCAGUGUUAAAAGGAUUUUUGGCUGAAUUACCAGAACCAUUAUUGUCAGAUUUACAUUAUCCUGCACAUUGUCAAAUUGCUGAGUUAUGUAGUUCUGAUGUAAAUGGAAAUGAUGCAAAAUUAUUGAGAUCUCUGCAAUUACUUUUGUUACUUCUACCAUCUAUAAACAGAGUUUUACUUAAAUAUAUUUUGAAUCUCCUUAAUAAGACAGCCAGUUUUGAAUCUAAUAAUAAAAUGAAUUGUGAUACACUUGCUACUCUUUUUACACCACACUUAAUGUGUCCAAGGAAAUUGUCACCAGAAGCUUUACAUAUUAAUUCCCAAAAUUUAUCAUGCUUGGUUGCUUUCAUGAUUAGAAAAGGAAAUGAAUUAUUUGAAAUUCCACCAAAAUUAGCUACAGAUAUUAGAGCAUAUUGGGUCGAACAGGAAAGAAAAUUACUAAGUCCUAAAAAUACAGAUUUAAAUGAGUCUAUACCAGAUACAACAGGUACAGCACAUACUGUCUUUAGUUUUGUAGAUCACAAAUUAACAGCAAAAGCAAACUCUACACAAGAUACUCAAGCUGCUUUGGCACAACUCUAUGCUCACAUACAAGCUAUGCCAGAAUCAGCUAAAAAACGUAGACUUGUAAAACAAUUUAAUAAAGAAAAUGGUCAAGGAACACCUAGGCAAGUUAAGCAUUGUCGAACUAAAAGCCUUGGAGAUUCGAUUAAAAAGCAUAUAUUCCAGAAAAAGAUUUUGGGACACAAGAAGUUUGACAUUAAUAUAGGUUGCAAUAUUACUAGAUCAAGUAGUGAAGAAAAUAUACUGUCAUCGAAUCUAGAAAAGUCAUUACUGCAAACAAAAGUGCUGCUUAGUAAAUCUGAUGAUGAACUUAGUAUAGAAAACUGUGAUACAAAUAAUGACAGUUUUCUUCACACUAAACAUAUUAGUAAUAGUACUGGUAGUCUUCAUACUCCUACAUUAAGAAGUUAUAAAGACAAAAGGAAGGCCAUAUUGAUGAGAUUUGUAAAUAUAAAAGAGGAGCAAAUGGAUGACAAAUAUGACAAUUGGAGUAUAAAUAAAUCAGAUAAAGGAUCAUAUAUAAAUGAGUCUAUAAAUUCAAAGAUAAGUGAUACAAACACAUCUUUGCAAGAACAUUAUAAAAGUAAGAAAUUAGGGCUAGUUGAUGAUACUGCAACUAAUACUGUUAGACUUUCUAGACAAUUCAGUGAACCACCAGAUAUGUACUCCUCUCAAACUACUUUGUAUGAAACCAGUGAAAAUGAACUAGUCAGGCAAAAUUCAGAACCUAUAUUUUCAGUAUCAAAAACAACUGAUGGAGAAAUAGUUUCUUUUCCGAAAUAUUCUGAAGAUAACGAGAAAAAAUUAGAAUAUUCAAAAGUGGAAUCGCACUCUGACAGUGCAUGUGUUCACUUGUCCCCUAUUGUAAAGAAUAGACUUUGGAAUGUAUAUGUUGCCCAUACAUCGACGCCAUCGAAUUUAUUACGCAAAAGCUUAGUUACUAAUGAUUAUAUGUUAACUCCUAUUACUAACAAUGAUAAGAGCAUGAGCCCAAUUACACAAAGUGCAACCAAAAUGACAAAAGCUAUGCAGGAAACAAUGAUGACACCGCGAUCUAGAAAACCAGUAAUGAUGGUUUCUGGAUCAAAUCUUUGCAAUCUUGCUACCGUUAACAAUAGUUGGAACUGUAGUACGUCUAAUAACAUACGCGCAUCAAAUCUUGAUAUUAUUGGUCCAAUAAACUGCACCUCAAUUUUAGAAGAAUCUCAAAAACCUAAUAGUACAGACAACGAAAUUGUGUAUGGAGAAGUUAUGGACUUGGAGGAUAAAGAAAACCUCAAUAAAAAUGUAACAGAAAAGCGAAAAUUUGUUACAUCAAUUGCAGAUGACUGUUACGCAGUCAAACAGCAAAGUACUAUGUCUAUAACAAGCACAUUUAGAGAAUAUUUAUUGUCUAGAAGUGUGUUAACUGCUAGUCCUGUUGAUCUCAGUUUUACAUCACGUACAGGAGACUUUGAACAAUCAGAAUCUGACUUAAACAUUUUAAAUGAGGAUGGUCUUUCUGAAAGCUUACUCUGUUGUUUAGAUGGAAAUCAACCAGAAUCUGAUACCUCCGGUAUUGCGUCUGGUAGUACUAAUAGCGCAAGUAAUUCGUCGGAAAAGACUGAUGAAAUGGCAAGUUCACCGAGAAAACGAGCAACUAGUUUACAGCGCAAUGAUUCUAAAAGAUCUGUAAAGGAAAUUAGAACACUAAAAAGUGUCAAGGGACAAAGUUUUAAGCAUAAGCAACUAAGCGAAUCAACGUUAAAUUCAGUGAAAGUAAAGAAUACAUUUCAAGAAACUUCAUUUUGA